AUGAGUGACGAUAACAUGCAAGAGGUUCUCAAAUCGCUUGAGGGCAAGACCCCAGAAGAUAUUAUGAUUGAUGUUGGGAACGGCAAGAGGGUUCCAUUGUCCAAAGUUAACAAGCCUCAUGAACAAUUGAGGGGGCCCAACAGACAUGGAAUUCUUCAUAAUCUUAUGAAUAGACCCAUUGAGCCACAAGUGAGGAAACAAGAAGAAGAAUGGGAGGCUCAACAUGGACAACAAAAGAAGAAUGAUCCAAUUCUUGAACCUGGUAGUCAUAAACCAAUUGUGGAUGUUGACUCGUUCCCUGACGUUGAGCCUGAUGUAAGAAAGCUGGAACAGGAAUUAGAGAACCAACGGAUUCAAAAAAAUGCUAUUCUUGAUCCGGGGAGCCAUAAGCCGGUUAUUGACGUUGACUCGUUUCCUGAAGUUGAACCCAAUGUUAAGAAGCAGGAAGAGGAAUUAGAGAAGGAACGAGAUUUAAAGCACGGGAUUUUGAAUCCUGCGGUCCACAAGGCAAUUCCGGAUGUUUCUUCGUUUCCUGAAGUUGACGAUAGUAAGAAGAAUGAUUAG